CUCAACAUGAUUAAAAAUAACAUAUUCAUCAUUGACAUAGGCACAUCGUUCUACAAGAUGGGAUACUCGUUAAGAGACUGUUCUAUAUUCGGUAAGACACCGGAUCACACUCUUAUUGACAAGGAGAUUAACAACUACGAGACGUAUUUAAAUUUAAUAGAAAAAAAUCUAGGAACGGAGUACUUGAUAAUCAAUCUCGGUGCCAAUAGGAGAGUGCUUUCUAAUCUGUUUGAAAAGAGGCUGGUGCAGGGCAUCCUUUUUGUUGAUGAUAGAGUGAUGGACCUGUACGCUGCAGGGAAGAACAACGGUAUUGUUGUAAAUGUUAGUGGUAGUGGUGUGGAAUGUGCUGCUGUUUGUGAUUCUCUGGUAAUUGAGAGUAUUAGGAUCUACAGUGGACAAGAAAUUGAUAGUUGGAUAGUAAACGAAGAUAAAGAUAAGUUUGUGUUUAAGGAAACGUUCAAUUAUCUUGAGAAGAACAAUGAUGAGCUUGAAGAAAAGGUGAAGAAGAGGGUGGUUUAUGAUGUGACAAAAGCCGUGAAUGACCUGGUGGACAAGAUUAAACCCGAAAUGAAAAACUCUCUUCUGGCUAACGUUGUCUUGUGUGGUGGUUACUCCAAGCCGCUAUCAUUCACCGACAAGAUUUACGAUGUUCUGAGUAAGGAGCACAAGAAUAUAAAGGUAACGAAAGAACUGGAUGUGUUCAGUACAUACACAGGCUGUGAUAUUCUAAGCAGGCUCGAGGACCUUGAUUACUUCAUAGGAAUGAAGGAUUAUGAGGAAUACGGAGCAAAUGUUCUUGACAAGUUCAAUAUCGAGUGGAGAAAAUGAUGUUGUUGCCUAUAAAUAAACCAUGAUAACCUUGUUGAACA